AUGCAUUUAGACGCCGUGGUACAGAUGUCCCAGGUGUUUGAGGAUGCCUUUGUGCAUUCCGCAUGGGUGUUUCAGGCCCAGAAGAUCUUAGAGGACUCAGACGCACAGAACAUCGAUGUCAAAGGAGCCCUCAAGACAGCCACGUGCCCUUACUUGGUGCUAGAGAUACGACGGGAGCAGCUCGUACACGACACGAUAUCGCAGCUUAGCAACAGGAAAAUGCAGGCAUGUUGGGGGGAGGGGGUGCACAUGUCCGUCCAGGGUUAUGA